CCCCCACUUCCCUUCAUCCGCUCGCGCGCGGCAAGAUGGCGGCGCUGAGCAAGUCCAUCCCCCACAGCUGCUACGAGAUCGGGCACACCUGGCACCCGCGCUGCUCCGUCGCCGUCCUACAUGUUACGCAGGGUGCGCUGGCCGAAUCCCUCCGCAUCUACGGCACUCUGUACCUGAUUGCAGCUAUUCUCAGGAAACGAAAACUUGACUAUUAUUUGCACAAACUGCUACCUGAGAUCUUGCAAUCAACUUCCUUUCUGACAGCAAAUGGGACCUUGUAUAUUGCUUGCUUUUGCAUUCUAAGGAAACUACUUGGAAAAUUCUACUUUUGGUCUCCUGGCUUUGGUGCUGCUUUACCAGCUUCUUAUAUGGCUAUUCUCAUCGAAAGGAAAAGCAGGAGAGGUCUCCUCACAAUUUACAUGGCAAAUCAAGCCACAGAAACGUUGUUCCGAAUGGCAGUAGCAAGAGGAGCAAUCACACCAUUAAGACAUGGAGAAGUCCUUUUGUUCUGCAUCACAUCUGCUCUGUUCAUGUUCUUUUUCAGGUGCAAAGAUGGCUUGAAGGGAUUUACAUACUCUGCACUGAAAUUCAUUGUAGGGAAAGAAGAAAUCCCCACUCAUUCAUUUUCACCUGAAGCAGCAUUUUCAAAAACAGAGAGAAAAAUAAAGCCUUGUGAAAAAAUAUCACAGCGAAUGAACUUGUUGGUUCUAACAAAAAAGCUGAUGGACAAAGUGUGCAAACAUGGCCCAAGGCAUAGAUGCUGUAAACACUAUGAAGAUAAUUGCAUCUCAUAUUGUAUUAAAGGCUUCAUUCGGAUGUUUAGCAUUGGUUACCUGAUCCAGUGCUGCCUUCGGAUCCCAUCUACCUUCCGUCAUCUGUUUACAAAGCCAUCCCGGCUACUUUCACUCUUCUACAACAAGGAAAAUUUCCAGCUUGGAGCUUUUCUGGGAUCUUUUGUCAGUAUAUACAAAGGUACAAGCUGCUUCCUGCGCUGGGUACGGAACCUAGAUGAUGAGCUUCAUGCACUUGUAGCUGGGUGUCUAGCUGGAAUUUCUAUGAUGUUCUACAAAAGUACUACUAUCUCUAUGUAUCUGGCAUCCAAACUAGUAGAGACAAUAUACUUCAAAGGCAUUGAAGCAGGGAAGGUUCCCUAUUUUCCUCAUGCAGACAGCGUCAUCUAUGCCAUUUCUACAUCAAUAUGUUUUCAGGCAGCUGUCAUGGAAGUUCAGAACCUGAGACCUUCAUACUGGAAAUUCCUUUUACGACUAACAAAGGGCAGGUUUGCUUUGAUGAACAGGAAAGUUUUGGAUGUAUUUGGUACUGAAGCAUCCAGGAACUUCAAGGAUUUCACGCCUAAGCUUGACCCAAGAUACACUGUUGUACCACCAGAGCUACCUCUGGAGCUGUCAUGAAAAUAAUAGUAUACCUUGUCAUUGAAUGUGACCAGCGUUUUGUCCUGAAAAGUUGAAUAACUUAACAGUAAUGUAUAUGGAGGAGGGCUUUGGCUCCACUUCAGUAUUAUUUCAAUGAGAAAUGCUUUUUACCAAUCAAAAGUACUGGAGCUUUGUAGGAAGGUGUGGCUUAGUGAUUAAGCCUCUUCCACGUACAGAACUUAUUUCUGGGUUACUGUAGUUGGCUGACAGUAUGGUAGAUUCCUGAAUGAAUUAAACAAAUGAGUAAUAUAUUUAGAGAAGUACAACAUACAUAAAACACAAAUAUGCAUCAUAAUUUCAAAAAUUUUAUUCAUACCAGUAGAAUACUUGGUAAAACUAAAAGUAAUUUUGAAGUUAGAAGGGAAAAUGUAUGGCAUAGGUUAGGUCCAGAAUUUCACCUGAUCUUAAACCUAUUGCAGUCUGGCGAAAAAGUCUCCUUGGCUUUCCCAAUUGCGUUGCUGAUUUAUCUCAAAAGAGCCACUGCCCACUCAUUAUUUAAAAGGACAAUAUUUUUACAGAGCUGUGGUUGCAAAGUAAUGCAUUCCUUAGUGAAAAAAAAAAAAAAAA